CUUCAGUUCUCUCCAUCUGAUAAUCCUCAUAUAUCCCUCUCCACCUUAACUGAAAAUGGUGUUCAAGGUGGCACCUCACUAGCCAUUUGUUGUCUUAUGGCAGCCAGCUGUGAUACUCUGUGUUCAAAUGUUACUCAAUUCAUUUUCUGAAUCUAACUUUGCUGUUUUACCAGUAGAAAAGGCUGACAUUCAUAGCAACAAGAAGAUAUAAUAUUCUUCUUUCUUCUUCUUCUUCUCUAAAAUGGCGGCUACAGGAUUUGUGGUUUAUAUACUUGCAGGUUUCUCUAUAGCUAUUCUAUCAGCUUUCUAUAUCGAUAGCCAACAGAAUUUCAGUCAUGGAAAUGAUGCUUUCAACCCUUCUCUUAAACUAUCCUCAAACUUCACAAUCCUGCAAUACCCAUUUCAAUCUGAAUCCAAAAUUUGGCCUAAAUUGAAGUUCAGCUGGAGAAUAGUGUUGGCAAGUGUUAUAGGGUUCCUUGGAUCUGCAUUUGGGACAGUGGGUGGAGUUGGCGGCGGCGGUAUUUUUGUUCCAAUGCUUACGUUGAUUAUUGGAUUUGAUACUAAAUCAGCGGCUGCUAUUUCGAAAUGUAUGAUAAUGGGGGCUUCAGCAUCGUCAGUUUUGUACAAUUUGAGGGUUGCUCAUCCAUGUAGAGAUGUACCCAUUAUAGAUUAUGAUUUGGCUCUUCUAUUCCAGCCAAUGCUCAUGCUUGGAAUCACCAUUGGUGUGGCUUUGAGUGUUGUAUUUCCCUAUUGGCUCAUUACUGUUCUCACUAUCAUCCUAUUCUGGGGAACCUCAACAAGGUCAUUUUAUAAGGGUAUUGAGAUGUGGAAAGCAGAGACUUCUCUGAAGAAAGAGAUGAGAAUGCAACAAGAAUCAAGGGUCAACUCUCUCAGUGAGUAUUUUCCAGUGAUAAUUGAUGCAGAGUAUGAGGUGUUGGCCCCUAGAGUGGAGAAAACAUCAAUGCAAAUUUUACGUUUUAAUCUUCGGUUGAGAAGGCUUCUUGUGCUCAUACUUGUGUGGGCUUGCUUUUUAGCGCUUCAAAUAAUAAAAAAUGGUGUACAUGUAUGUAGUAUAUGGUAUUGGGUGAUCUUCUGUUUACAGUUCCCUGUAGCAUCAGGAGUGUUUGGCUACGAAAGCGUGAAUCUAUAUCGAGAAAGCAAGAGGAGGAGAAGUGUAGGUGAUAUGGAAUCUGUUUGCGAAGCUAUGAUUGAUUGGACUCCAAUUCAGCUGGUAGUUUGUGCUCUCUUGGGUAUAUUGGGAGGCACUGUAGGUGGUCUUUUGGGGUCUGGAGGUGGAUUCAUUCUCGGUCCACUUUUACUUGAGCUUGGUGUUAUACCUCAGGUUGCAAGCGCUACAGCCACAUUUGUCAUGCUCUUCUCAGCGUCUCUGUCUGUCAUAGAGUUCUACUUCCUUAAUAGAUUUCCUAUUCCCUACGCGAUGUAUUUCAUGAUGGUGUCAAGCAUGGCUGGUUUUUGGGGACAAUUCUUUGUGAGAAAACUUGUUGCAUUUCUGAAAAGGGCAUCAAUCAUCGUCUUUAUCCUCUCAUUUGUCAUCUUCGCGAGUGCGCUAACAAUGGGGGUAAUUGGAAUUGAGAGUAGCAUCCAAAUGAUAAAGAAUCAAGAGUUCAUGGGAUUUUUAGGGUUCUGCAACAAUCAAAGAUGAUAAAUGCAAAAUUGUUUGUUUAAAAAGUAAAGGAAAAUUGGCAUCAACUAUUGGUAGGUUGAUCAAUGUUUAUUGAUCAUCAAUUUAACCACUGUUGUUAACUUUCUUGUGUAUUCUUUAUUGAAUUCAUUAAAAUUUCUUCUCUAUCA